AUGGCCACCGACCAGCCUCCCGCCGCACAGCAGCCUGCAGACCCCAAGGGCAAGGGCAAACAGUCCCCCAGGGCCACCGCCAUGAUCGUCAUCGGCAUGGCUGGCUCGGGCAAGACCACCUUCAUGCAGCGCGUCAACUCGUACCUUCACGAGCGAAACCAGCCGCCCUACGUCCUCAACUUGGACCCGGCCGUCAUGCACCUCCCCUUUGACGCAAACAUCGACAUCCGCGACACGGUCGACUACCCCGAGGUCAUGAAGCAGUACAACCUCGGCCCGAACGGCGGCAUCAUGACGGCCCUCAACCUGUUCACGACCAAGUUUGACCAGGUCCUGUCGCACGUCGAGAAGCGCGCCAACGACGUCGACUACGUCCUCCUCGACACGCCGGGCCAGAUCGAGAUCUUUACGUGGUCAGCGUCGGGCUCGAUCAUCACGGACGCGCUCGCGAGCGCGCUCCCGACCGUCGUCGUCUACAUAAUCGACACGCCGAGGACGACGGCGCCCGCCACGUUCAUGAGCAACAUGCUCUACGCCUGCUCCAUCCUGUACAAGACGCGCCUGCCGUUCCUCGUCGUGUUCAACAAGACGGACGUCCAGUCGCACCAGUUUGCGCUCGAGUGGAUGCGCGACUUUGAGCAGUUCCAGGACGCGCUUCUCGAGCGCCGCCAGACGCACGGCGACGAGGACGGGCCCGCGUACCAGGACAGCUUGAUGAACUCGAUGAGCUUGGUGCUCGACGAGUUUUACAAGCACCUCAGGGCCGUCGGCGUGUCGGCCAUGACAGGCGAGGGCAUGGACGAGCUGUUUGACGCGGUGCAGGAGGCGCGGCAGGAGUACGAGCGCGAGUACAAGCCCGAGCUCGAGAAGCUGUAUGCCGAGAGGGAGAAGAAGAAGGAGGCCGACAAGGCCGAGUCGAUCUCGCGCAUGAUGCGCGACAUGAAGGUGUCGCCCACGACGGGCCAGGCGGCCGUCCCACAGUCGGAGCUCGACAAGUACCUCGACCCGGCUGGCACGGGACAGGCGGGCGAGGUCGAGGACGGGGAGGACAGCGACGACGACGACGACGCCGAGGUGAUUGACCGCAGCUCGAGGACGGACUACUAUGCGCUGCCGGACAAGAGGCGCAGGGGGACUGGGCCGGGAGGAGCGGUCGAGGGGCCGGACGGCAGCUUGUGGCCUGCUCCCUAGAGCUCUUCUCUCUCUCGUGCAACGUCGAGACGCAUGUUGUACUGCUU